AUGCGAAUUCACCUUCCUCUAGCAGGACUCUUCCUGCUCUUGGCAGUUGCCACAGCUAGUGUUCCACCGAUCGAGAUCAAAGGAUCUAAGCUCUUCUAUUCAAACAACGGCACCCAAUUUUAUAUCCGUGGCAUUGCCUAUCAGGAGGACUACAAUGCCGGAGGUGCUACAGGUACCGGUCAAUCAACUGAUACUCACUACACUGACCCUCUGGCGGACGUUUCUCACUGCGAACGUGAUAUCCCGUACCUCCAGCAACUGCGAACCAACGUCAUUCGGGUCUACGCUAUUGACCCGACCAAAAAUCACGAUGCUUGUAUGCAGAAAUUGGCCGAUGCAGGAAUUUAUGUUAUCGCCGAUCUGUCGUCUCCUCAGUUGUCGAUUGUUUCCAGCUCUCCAACUUGGACUGUUGCACAAUACGAUCGAUACACUGCCGUGGUUGAUGCUUUGCAUCAGUAUGACAAUGUUAUUGGUUUCUUUGCCGGAAAUGAGGUUGUGAACAAAGUCAACGAGACAAUCGGUUCAGCAUUUGUUAAAGCAGCGGUGCGUGACAUGAAAGAAUAUAUCAAGGUGAAGGGAUACAGGAAGUCAUUGAGCUUUGGUUAUGCAACUACCGACCAACCCGAUUUUCGGAACGAGCUGUCAGACUAUCUCCACUGUGGAGAUCAGUCUACCGCUAUCGACUUCUUCGGUUACAACAUGUACGAGUGGUGUGGAGACAGCACAUUCCAGGGCUCUGGCUACAAAAACCUCACAGAGCAGUACAAGGAUUACCCUGUCCCAAUAUUCUUCUCUGAGUAUGGAUGCAACACCGUCAGGCCUCGCAAGUUUGGCGACAUUUCUGCGAUCUUCGGACCUGACAUGGAAAACGUCUGGAGUGGUGGGAUUGUCUAUAUGUACUUCGAAAGUACCAACAACUACGGGCUUGUUUCUGUUGACGGAAACUCUGUGAGCACCCAGCCAGACUUCAGCUAUUACUCGAAGGCAAUUCAGACUGCCACUCCCAGCGGUGUGAACAGCGGCAGCUACACCCCCACAAACUCUCCGCAUGCCUGUCCCACCGUCAAUAGCAUGUGGUUGGCAAAGUCCAGUCCCCUGCCACCGUCCCCGAACAAAGACCUGUGUUCAUGCAUGGUGGGCAGUCUUUCAUGUGUAGUCAGUCAAUCUGUGCAUGUGGAUCAAUACGGCAAAUUGUUUGGUACAGUGUGCGGAAGUGACAAGAGUGCCUGCGAUGGAAUUUCUGAGAACGCAACCACAGGACAGUACGGUGCCUAUAGCAUCUGCAGCAGCAAAGAUCAACUCUCCUACGUCUUCGAUCGCUACUAUCAAGACCAGAAAAAGGAUCAGUCAGCAUGCGAUUUCAAGGGAGCAGCAUCAACUCAGUCUGCUAAGGAUCCUUCUGGAAGUUGCAAGGCACUUCUCGGCCAGGCAGGCACAGCUGGAACAGGCCAGGCCACAGGUGGAAGAGCGUCCCCUUCCAAAGGGACAGGCGCUAAUCUGGUGCACCCAGCUGGUUCGGAUGUCACUCUAAAGGUGAUCUUGGGCAUGUUUACUAUAUUCAUUCUGGUUCCCUACAUCACUGAAACUGACUUGCUCAUCCCGCGGGAGUUCUGGAGGCGCAUUUUUUAA